AUGAGAGUCUCCGUCCCCACCAUCCCUCACACGGUCGUCUCGUCGGGGGUCCCUAUUCCGCCAGCUGAAGCUAUAGAACGAAUAUCUACGUUUCUUCGACCAGGAAAUGUUGCGGUGCUAACUGGAGCUGGUGUGAGCGUCGACUCAGGCGUUAAGGCCUAUCGAGGAAAAGAUGGGCGGUACAUGAAUCCGAACUAUAAACCUAUAUUUUAUCACCAAUUAAUGGAGAAUGGCCCUCGUGGUCACGCGUACAGACAGCGUUACUGGCUUCGAAGUUAUAUUGGUUACCCUCCUGUUCGAGACACCCUCCCGAACACAACACACUUCGCCAUUGCCGCCCUCCAGCACUCAAAGAAUGUGAUAAACCUAAUCACUCAGAAUGUGGAUGGGUUACACCACAAGGCAGUCAAGCAUGUGUGGGAUAGCAGAACGGUACAGGACAGCAUACUUGAGCUGCAUGGCACGCUUCAUAGAGUACAUUGCAAAUUUGGCCAUGGAUUUGAUCGCGAUCAAUUUCAAGAAUGGCUCGGUGAUGCCAAUCCGGAGUGGAAGGCGUAUAUGGACGACAUGGAGAAGACAGGGCAGAAGCCCAAGACGAAUCCAGACGGAGAUGUUGCCCUAGAGGGAGUGUCAUACGAUAAUUACGUCGUCCCGGGCUGUCCAGGCUGCCUCAGCGAAGGUCGACGGAACAACGUCAUAAAACCGGAUGUCAUAUUCUUCGGGGAAUCCAUCGGGCAAGAAGUGCGGGACAGAAGUUACCGAAUAAUCAACGAGUGCGAUCGCCUAUUCAUCAUCGGUACCACAUUAGCAACAUACUCUGCCUUUCGACUUCUGAAGCACGCUAUGGAGCUGAAGAAGCCCGUGCUCCUGUUGAAUGUAGGUCCGACUCGAGCAGAUAGCAUCCCAGGCAUAGACAAGAUCGAAAUUCCCAGCGGGCAGAUCCUGCGGGAAGUCGUACGAAACGUCCUAGGCACGCGGGCGACAUACGAUCCUUCCAUCCGCGAGAUGCUCGAGAGUGGGAUCGUCGACCCUCCGACUGACGAAGGCUAUGGCGACGGAACGCAGGCAAACGCACCACUGAACGCUGUUGCUGCCGCUGCUGCAAGGGGUCCAUGAGACCGCGUUAUCGCAAACCGUGUAGUAAUUCGUCAGACGGUUGUCUCCUUAGAAAUGUUAUCUGUAUCCUGAUCGUGUUCACUGCAUCCAGCGACUCCCUGCGAACCGCCUACGUGGGUCGAAGUAGUGAGAAGCUGGACAUCCU